GAACACCUACCUGCCACAGCUUGAACACCAAGUGCGACGAGCUCGCAUCCCUCAUCACCUCCUCUAUCUCGACGCGCUUCCCUCCGAGAGCUUCUCAAGACCACUCACUGGCUCUCUCUCAUCAUGUCCAGCGCUCAGUGCCUUCGCCGACUGGCGAUCCGCCCUGUUCUUCGCGCUGCAUCUUGCACUGCUCCACGAGCUUCCGCUGGCCUUCGCACCCUCUCCACUGGCAUCUCCUACUCGAAAGCUCUUCCCGCGCUCUCAGAAUCAUCAAAGUCUCUCCAACCACUGCAAGCUCGCCAUUUCAGUUUAACAAGUCGAUACCAUGAGGAGCAGAUCGUUAAAGUCCCAACGAUGGCCGAAUCGAUAUCCGAGGGUACAUUGAAGCAAUUCUCAAAACAGGUCGGCGACUACGUUGAGCUGGACGAGGAGAUAGCCACCAUCGAGACCGACAAGAUCGACGUCGCUGUCAAUGCACCUGCUGCUGGUACCAUCAAGGAGUUUCUUGCGAAUGAGGAGGACACUGUUACUGUGGGACAAGAUUUGGUGAAGCUCGAGCUGGGCGGAGAGCCAGGACAAAAAGCGGAGAAGGCAGGUAGCGAGCCAAAGGAUGCGGCAUCAUCAGACCAGAAGACCUCUUCUCAGACAGAGGGCGAGACAGAAAAGUCCAAAUCGGAGCCCAAGGAGGAAUCAAAGCCUGCGCCAAAGCAAGAAUCAAAGCCUGAGCCCAAGCAGGAGUCAAAGCCAGCACCUCCCAAGCAGGAGCAGAAGCCAAAGAAGGAGGAGUCAAAACCCAAGGAGUCGGAAUCAAAGUCCGAAUCGCCCUACGGCAACCGUGAGGAGCGCCGCAUCAAGAUGAACCGCAUGCGCCUACGAAUCGCCGAGCGCCUGAAGCAGUCGCAGAACACCGCCGCUUCGCUCACGACCUUCAACGAGGUGGACAUGUCCGCGCUUAUGAACCUGCGAAAGAAGUACAAGGAUGAAGUCCUCAAGAAGACGGGCGUCAAGUUCGGCUUCAUGAGCGCUUUCUCACGCGCGGCUGUCCUCGCCAUGAAGGAGGUUCCCACCGUCAACGCCAGCAUCGAGGGCCCAGGCGGUGGCGACACCAUUGUCUACAAGGACUACGUCGACAUCAGCGUUGCGGUCGCCACGGAGAAGGGUCUCGUCACCCCCGUCGUGCGCAACGCCGAGAGCAUGGACAUGAUCGGAAUUGAGAAGUCCAUCGCCGAGCUCGGCAAGAAGGCCCGCGACAACAAACUUACCAUCGAAGACAUGGCCGGCGGCACCUUCACUAUCUCCAACGGCGGCGUCUUCGGCUCCCUCAUGGGCACGCCCAUCAUCAACCUGCCACAAACCGCCGUUCUGGGCCUCCACGCCAUCAACCAGAAACCCGUCGCCAUCGACGGCAAAGUCGAGAUUCGUCCGAUGAUGUACCUCGCUUUGACGUACGAUCACAGAUUAUUGGAUGGACGGGAGGCGGUGACGUUUUUGGUGAAGAUUAAGGAGUAUAUUGAGGAUCCGAGUCGGAUGUUGCUGUUCUAGAGGGAGUGUAGGAGGGACGAGGAUUAUAGCGUGGGAGAGAUUGGUUCGGUCUGAGGAUGGAGGGAGAAGACCUGAUCACUUCCUGAGU